CACACACACAAUUAAAAACACAAAAAACGCAACAAAUUUGCAGUUAUAGGCAAAACAAAGAAAACAAUAUUCAGUGAAGGGAAAAUUGUAAGGUCAUCAAGGUGUCUGCGUACGAAAGCAUGGAUUUGCAGCAUAUGGAGAAUGGCCUCGGCGGAGGCGGAGGCGGUGGUGGCAUUUCUGGGGGCGGAGGCCUCAGUGAGAUUGAAUUUCAACGUCUGGCCCAGAUCAUAACCACUAGCAUAGAAAAAGUACAACGUAAUGUUAGCACAAUGCAGCGUAUGGUCAAUCAAAGGAACACCCCACAGGAUUCGCCCGAAUUGAAAAAACAGCUUCAUCAACUAAUGACGUAUACCCAGCAACUGGUCACCGAUACUAACAGUCAGAUCAAUGAAGUCGACAAAUGCAAGGAAAGACAUUUGAAGAUCCAAAGAGAUCGCCUGGUUGAUGAAUUCACAGCGGCAUUGACCGCCUUCCAGUCCAUUCAACGCAAAACAGCGGACAUUGAAAAGAAUGCUUUGCGUCAGGCUCGUGCCCAGAACUAUAACAUUUCCCAUCCACCUGGCGGCAGUAAUUCCUCCUCUGCUCGUAACAAUAGCAAUUCCAAUUCCCAUAAUGCCAGCAGCAACAAUAGCUUUGAGGACAAUUUCUUUAAUCACAAAUCGAGCCAACAAUCGCAGCAACAACAGCAAAUCCAAACGCAAAUGCAAGAGCAAGUCGAUCUGCAGGCAUUAGAGGAACAGGAACAGGCCAUACGUGAACUGGAGAACAAUAUUGUGGGUGUAAAUGAGAUCUAUAAGAAACUGGGCGCCAUGGUUUAUGAGCAGGCCUUGACUGUGGAUUCCAUUGAGUCCCAGGUGGAACAGACAAGUGUCUUUGUCUCACAGGGUACGGAAAAUCUGCGAAAGGCAAGCUCUUAUAAGAACAAAGUACGCAAGAAGAAACUAAUCCUUAUAGGCAUACUGAGUUUUGUUUUACUGUUUAUCAUCUUGAUUCUUGUAUUUCAAUUUAAAAACUAGAAGAGACUCAACUGCAAAGAUCAACUAAAAAAAGCAAAAAACAAAAAUGAUACUAAAUUAUAAACAGAUUGAAAAACAAAAAAAAAAAUUGAAAUCAAACCCCCCCAGAACUUAGAAAAUUAUUGUGAAAAAGACAAAUGUUAAAUGCAUGAUUGAGAAACCACUCCACUCCUCUCUCUCUCUCUACCCCCCCGAAAACGCUCCUGGGAACCUUAGAUGCAUUUGAAGGCUUUAAAAUUGGCUUGGGAUUGGACAAAAGUCAAGUUCCAAACAGAGGAAACAAAAAAACUUACAAAAAAAAGAAAACCAAAAACGAUUAGAAAAAAAAACAAAACAAACACUCCUUAAAAACUUAAAAAUUAUGACAAAAAUUGUCUCAAAAUUUCUGUUGCAUGAUUUUCAAUAAGUAUUGGAACCUUCCCCAUAUACAUUUACACUCUUCUAUGUUAUAUAUUUGCUAUAAAACUAUCUUAUCUUAUAUUUUAUAUAUGUACAAUAUUUAAUAUUAAAGCACUUUGUAUAUUUCAUUAUAUGAAAAGAAAACAAAACAAAAGAAAAGAGAUGAAAGUGAGAAAGUAAGGAAAGAGAAAGAAAAUUGUUGGCUGCAAAUUAAUUAAUUAAUUCUGUUUUUGAAACACAGCGCUUUGUAACUUUGAUUUAUGUUUAAGUGGAAGGCCUAAAAAUAAAACCAGCAUAUACUAAAAGAAACAUUAUUAAAAAUAAAUAAAUAAAAACAACACAAAAACGAAACACCAAA